AUGUCGGCCUUGAGACGACUGUCCCGCCCACGGCUCUUGGUGUGCCGGACAUGCAUACGACGGCAAUCCACGCUGGCGCGCGGCGAGCGGCCCACGUCGAGAUGGGCGGACGAGGACGCGGAUCCAGCAGCCAGACAGGCGCAAUGGGAAGAGCAGGCGGGAAAGGUGCGGGUGGGCGCGCAGCAGAGCAUGCUGAGCGUGCUUGAAGAGCGGGGGUUUGUCAAGGACAUUGCGGGCGGACGCCAGACGCUCGACUGGCUGCUCACCGAGAAGCGCAUCGGCGCAUACGUCGGCGUCGACCCGACGGCGCCCUCGCUGCACGUCGGCCAUCUUGUUCCUCUGAUGGCGCUGUACUGGCUGUAUCUCCAUGGCUACUACACCGUCAGCUUGUUGGGCGGAGGCACGGUACAGAUUGGAGAUCCGUCUGGGAGGACAACAGCCCGCUCGCGGCUGGGAGAAGAUGUGCAAUCCAUGAACGUGGCGAGCAUACAGCGGCAGCUCGAGAAGCUUUGGACCAACGUCAAGUGCUUAGGCAUCAAGCACCAGUACCCACAGCUCAUCAGCCGGAAGCAGGAGAUCCUUAAUAACCGCAAGUGGCUCGAGAAGCUCAGUGCUGUCGAGCUCAUGAGAGACUUGGGCUCUGGCAUGCGUCUGGGCGCCAUGCUCAGUCGCGAUUCGGUCAAGCUCCGAAUGGAGAGCGGAGAAGGCAUGGCCGUAUCCGAAUUCAGCUAUCCUCUGUUUCAAGCGUACGACUGGUGGAGCAUGUACAGGAACCAGGGCGUUCAACUCCAGAUUGGCGGCUCCGACCAGUACGGCAACAUCAUUGCCGGCAUGGGCGCUGUCAGCCACAUGCGCAAGAUCCACGGCAUGCACAACGAGGCAGAAGAAGAGGACCCACGGACAGCCACAUACGGCCUGACCACGCCGCUCCUGACGACGGCGUCAGGCGACAAGUUUGGCAAGAGCGCGGGCAAUGCGGUUUGGCUUGACGGCCAGAUGCUCAACUCGUUUGACCUCUACCAGUACUUUAUGCGCACCGCCGACGCAGAUGUAGAGCGCUACCUCAAGCUCUUCACCUUCCUGCCCCUCGACUCCAUCGCGCUGCUCAUGUCGCAGCAAGCCCACGACCCGGGCAAGCGCCUCGCCCAGCACAUUCUCGCACGCGAGAUGGUCGAGCUCGCCCACGGCGCAGCCGAGGCGAAGAAAGCCGAACUCGCACACAAAGAUGCCUUUGGUCAGGGCACAAACACCUUUUCACUGCUGUCGCUCCGAAACGCUCUUUCCAGCUCCAAGGCACCGGAAACUCGUGCGGCGGCUGACACGACGAGUAAAAGGGAAAAAGAGCUGCUGGCGUACAAGCAAGCUUUUGCUGCGAGUGCGCAGUCUGUCCAACCACAGCAGCAGCAGCAGCAGCAAAAGCCGCUGCAAGACGACAACAUUGUCACGCUGCCCCUGUCCAUGCUUCAACCUGGUUCCUUUGCCCACAUCCUCCACGCCGCCGGGCUCGCAGCAUCUCGCUCAGAAGCGAGCCGAUUGAUAGCCAAAAAGGGCGCUUACGUGGUAGUGCCCAACUCUGGACCGCUUGAAAACCCUACUGCGCUCAAGUGGGCGACCAUCCAGGAGGGCAAGGACGUGGAUCCCAAUCACUAUCUUGUCGACUGGGAGGCCCUGGUGCUGCGGGCGGGCAAGAGCAAGAUCCAGGUCUGUAGGGUUGUGAGGGAUCAUGACGACAAACGAAACAAAUGAUUUGUCAUACGACAGGUGUAAGUGAGCGUUUUGUGGAAUAAGUCGUCUAUUCUUGAACAUGUUUGGAACAGCUAAAGAUACCACUAUGCUGAGUUCGUUCUCCGCUCUACCAUAUUGGCUAUUCCAAGGAAAUUCUGC